CCUUAUCUAUAAAUUGGCAUGGCAAGUAGUACAAGCCAAACAAAGAAAAUAAGCACAGGGAUUUUAUUCUCCUACAAAAACUUUGUGCUUUCUUGUUAUUACUGAAGGACAUAGAGACAACAGAGCAUGGCGACACCAAAAACGGCACUUUCAGCGUUAUUGAAGACCAGAAUUGAAGGUAGUGGGAGCGAGACCAUAGUGUUUUGUCAUGGCUAUGGAACGGACCAAUCCAUUUGGGACAAAGUGGUUCCCAUAUUAGCUCAAAAUUACCGUGUUGUUGUCUUUGAUUGGCCAUUUGCUGGAUCAGUAAAAGAUCAGAAGCUUUACGACCCUCUAAAGUACUCUUCCUUUGAAGCUUUUGGUGAUGAUUUGAUCACUCUACUGACUGAAAUUGGCAUCAAAUCUGCCACUUUCGUUGGCCAUUCCAUGUCCGGCAUGAUCGGUUGCAUUGCCUCUCUCAAAAGGCCUGACCUCUUUAAGCGCCUUGUUCUUGUUUGUGCUUCCCCAAGGUUUCUAAAUUCAGAUGAUUUCGAGGGAGGGUUUAAGAACUCAGAUGUGGAGCAAUUAAUCUCGGUGAUGGAGAACAACUAUGAAGAGUUUGCUUCUCAUUUCGCGUCGAUGAUAGCAGAUACAGCUAACAGUGAAAAUGUUGCGACCGUGGAAAAGUACAAGAAAGGCUUAAUCAAAAUGGGAGCUGAAGUGGCGCUGCCAUUAGCCAAGACUGUGUUCUACAGUGAUUACAGAGAAUUACUUGACAAAGUUGAAACUCCAUGCACAAUCAUACAGACCACUAAUGACAAGGCUGUUCCUCGCAGCGUAGCACUCUACAUGCAGAACAAGAUCAAAGGGGAAGCCACUUUGGAGAUCAUACACACUGAUGGCCAUUUUCCUCAGCUUACUUCUCACCUUAAGUUUAUUGAGGUUUUAAAGGCUACUCUCGACUCUGAUGUCCUUAAUUAAUCAAUUGAGAUUAUUAUUCCCAUGUUCGCUAAGUCUCUAUCUCUUUCUUCUUGUCAUCGUUUAAUUUCUUGGUUGUUGUACUAGUACCACAAGGUAAGUAGCAUUAUUGAAUGGUGAUGUAUUUCAAUAGCAUGCAUGUGAUAUUUCAUGUUUGUAUUCGUUGACUCCUUGUUAGUUACUGUUUGUAU